GGUCGACCACCUCACUUCCUCCCCUCCCCCUUCUACACACAUCCCACACUACUCCUCCCUCCGCGCUCUAAGCAGCCGGAUACCCGCGAACGAGCCGUCGCCGAAGCGCGCAAUCCGAGAUCGCGACGACCACGACGAACCCGAGCAGACACAGCACAUAGCGACCGGCGGAGCACAGAACAGGCUGCAUCCGACUCACCACCCACCAGAGCACGCACGCUGGCAGUCUCAGCCUCCUUCUGAUCCUAGACUUGGAUACUGUGAUGGCAGAGCAGAUCGGCCACAAUGUGGUAAUCAAUUCGGAGUCGACCGGCGCCUCUGCGCCAGUCGACGCUGCUGCGAACACUUCCACCACCGACUCCGCCCUCAGCGGCAAAACGAACAACGAAUCUAUCCCCGACGCUUCUAACGCUGCAACGACCUCCGCAUCGCCAACUCAAUCCAACGGGACGACUAGCGACAACGCAGGAUCGGAUGCGCCCUCGGUCGCAGCUGGGCCAAGUGCUGGCGAGGCUACAGACCGAGAGACGUUGAAGCCUGCAGAUGCAAAGGCGAACUCAAGCAAUGAGAAGACCCGCCUUGCGCAUGGCGAUUUGGUAAAUGGUGUGCACGAGGAUGGUAGUCAGGCGGAUGCGCAUGCGGAUGACAAGAGCACGACGGGUGUAUCUGUGGAUUUGAGCGUCAAUUCGGACACGGACAACAGCAAAGCAGAUGCCGGCGAAAAAGGCACUCACACUCGCACCAACUCGACUGUUAAGAAACCUGCUGCUUUUAGUAAAGUCAAUGCGACCAAGAGCUUCAUGAGCAAGAUUGCACCAUCAACACCAGCCGCACCGCAAACUGGUGAUAAAGCAUCUUUGGCGUCAGCGACGCUCCAACCCGCGAACCGGCCUCGGCUCAUCGCCAAAACUGGCAGCUCUCAAUCGAUGCUGAAGCCUCGAGCAGGCACAGGAGGCUCAGGCGCACCGGAUGCGAGUAAGGUUUGGAACAAAAAUCAGCCCGUAGCAGCGCCUCCACCAAAACAAUUGACGGACGAGGAACUCAAGCAACAAUUCGGAAUUCACCUGGCGACGCGGUUGCAGACCGAUGGAGACAAGAAGGAUUCGAACUGGGCAGACAUCGAUGAUGACGAGGACGACUGGGCGCCAGAGACUGUGGUCUGGAUGGACGGUACUAAGUCCACUGUCCCAAAAGACGCAACCUCUACGCCUGCGGAAGAGUCAACGCCCCCAGCUGCACAACCUGCUGCUAAGCCUGCCGAAGGUGUGAAGCCGACUUUAUCUGUCAAGCAGCGCUCCGAUCGUCCAGAGCACCCCAUGCGGAUCCUCAAGCCUGGCGCAGCUGCAAUUCAAUCGAAGCAGAAUGGAAACGCUUCUGCUGCUUCACCCGCAAGCUCGAAAUCUGCGCUGACCUCGAAGAGUCCGGCACCCGCGCCGGCCAAGUCGCCAUGGGCGCCAGUACCGAAACCAGACUCUGUCGCUCCCAUCAAUCCGCCAGUGCAAGCGGCGCCGCCGCAGCGUACUCUGCCCUCUCAAGAUGCACGAGCCAGUGAACCCAUGGGCUCUGCGCCUGCUCGAGAAAUUGCGGCCGAUACCUUUGAUCGAUCGUGGCAGCAGCGCGAUGGUGGAGCUCGCGAAUUGUUCAACUCCUCCAACGGGCGAUAUGAGCCUGCUCCUGAAGGACGGCGCGGUAGUAUGCGCCAGGAAAAUGCCCGUAAGCCGGCCGUCCUGCAGCGUCCAUCUCAAGCGCUUUCUCCGGCACCUGAGCCUUCGCCUGCGUUUCAGUCUAGGAGUAGCUCUCAGAUGGACGGCAGCUGGGGAAGCAGACGCCGUGGCUCUAGCGUAAGCCAAGGUAGCAUGCCGCCACCACGACGCAUGUCUAUGAACAAAUCAGAAUUUGGUGCGACGCCAGAAGCGGCCUCAGGUCCCGAUAGAGCAGAGCCUGCACGGCCCAACUUUAAUCAGCCAUCCGCAUGGGACAAACAGAUGCCGCCGCCGCCGCCUCCAGAUGCGCAACAAGCUUCUCAACCUUCUCAGCCUUCUGAGGGCGAGCCUGUACCACCAUUCGAGGAUCCAGUGAAAAUUCAGGAGCGCAUCAUGCAAGAGAAGCGCGAGGCUGCCAAGCGUCGCAAGGAGGAAGAGGCUCGUGAAGAGGCGGAGAAGAAGGAGCGCCUGAAAGCCAAACUGGCCGCGCUUGAAGGAGCAGGCAAGUCACGGAGUGAGCGGGCUGCAGAAGCGGCGGCGAAGACGACCGAGAAGCAGAGUGAGAAGCAAGCCGAGAAGCCUGCUGAGGCUGCGAAACCGACCAUCUCUCAGGAGACGCUGCCUGCCAAGCCACCCACCUCUGCUAGCGCCCCAUCCACGUCCCCUGCAAUUGUGGAAACGCCAGCACCUACACAGCAGCCAACCGAGAAGUCUGCCUCACCACUAGAGUCACAGGCAGCUCUGGCAGGCCUAUCCACUCGAGAGGAUCAAAAUCGAGCACAGCCAGCGGCUGGACGUCCGCCCACAUCACGCGCACCUUUUGGCCAGCAGCAGCCUGUCCCCUACCGAGCGCCAGCAUCUUCGUACUCCUCGCCAGGCGAGCGUAAGUCGCAACCAGCACAGCUCGGAAGAUCGCCAGUCGCAAACAACGACGCCUUCUCGCCUUGGCCCACGACAAGCUCUAACAACAACAUCUGGGGCAGUGGUUUCGGAAACGGUGUUUUCGAAGGCGGCAGCUCGUUCGCUCCUCUGGGUACUUCGCAGCAGAACUCUUCACUGCCGCCUCCACCUGGCAUGUCUCGUGUUGCACCCGGGUCUGCCCGCAUCUCUCCGCAAGGCUUUAACCAGGACAGUCGCUCUCCUAAUCUUGGUCAGCCGCAGAUCACGGAACAACAGAGAGCAUUCCCUGCUCCUGGCAUGAACGACCGCUCGGUUCCGUUCGGCCCUGCGCAGCCACGCAUGACUGGCGUGUCGCCUCAACACGCCCCUGGCUACGGUCGUCCUCACCACCCUCCCGGCCCGAUUGGACCUCCGUCUCGGACUCAGAAUCAAGCCCAGCAGCAACAGGCUCAACAGCCACAACCGCCGCCAGAAAUCACUGCGUGGAAGGCAGCGGCGAAUACGCUCCACCACCAAUACCACAACCCGCCUGCUGCAACUAAUGCGCCGGCGAGCAAUGCACCUAUUCCGGAGCAUCGCUUCAAGGAGACAUUCAAGAAGACGUCUGCGGAGCAAGGCAAACUUGGAGGCCCGCGUAGAUAUGACUCCAUCGAGCAUACUAUCCAUGAUGGGUCUGGUUCUAGGUCAGUCUCAAGCUUCAGUCCUGCUCCCCCGAGCACUCAGACGCAACCGAUCGCGCCGCCAGCAGUCGCAUCCCCUGCGCAAGAUUCAAGGCUCAACACUGCGAUACGCAUGCCGGAUCCCUCUCGAAAUCCCGCGCACGUAGGGUUGCCGCGACCGAUCGAGCCGCCACAUCGUCGGCAUGCUGAGCGUCUGCAGCAGCAACAGGGUCCACCUACUGCUGCCCCUCUCGCGCCAAAUGUCUCAUCUAAGGAACAAUUUGCGCCCCCGCCGGAUAUCGAGAGUCACCCGGUCUAUGAGGGUAAAUCACGACACCCACAGGUCAAGUUGCCGAAGCCACAAGCCAAGGUGCGGCUCCCACCUUCCUCGCCAUCUGCGACAUCGCCACAGACCCAAAGCCGUCACAACGGCUCUGUGGUGAUGCCACCUCAGCGACAAUCCUUCAGACAGCCAUUCCAUGGUGCGCAGCAGCCAAUCGUGGCAAACGCGCAAUGGCAGCAGAGAUUCAACGGGUUGUUUGCACGUGCGGAAGUGUCUAAUGAGGCACCUCCAUCACCACCAAAGACUCCACCGAAGGCCCAAGGUCUGUCACUUGCCGUGGCUUCCUCUAGCAUAGAGCCAAUGGCCACACAGACCGGAGGUGCGACGGUGUCCCUGCCCCAAGGCAAGAAAGCACAGUACGGCCGCGUUACGGCUGAGCCAACAUCAAAGCCGGAGAUUGACUUCAGCAAUGAGCGCAGCUUUGGCUCUCUACCUGUGGUCAAGGUGCCACGCUCUGCUCGAUAUGCGUCUCACGUCGGCUCCGCUCAUCCUAAUAAUCUUUUGAAGAUGUCUCCUAUCCCCAAAAAUGUCAAGACCAUCGACACUGGGUACUACGAGCAGAUUUUCUUCUGGCGGAACCCUGCUGGGAUUUUUGUCAAGAUACCCAACACGCUCUUGAACAACAGGUUGUGCUACGCUCCAAAUUAUGUUCCUCCACAGUCAAAGCAAGGACGGAAUGACCGGAAGACCUCGUCCUUCCAGCCGCGCCAUUCGCAGGCGCCUGGUCCUGAGCAACAGCCGUCUGAACCAAAUCAUCGCAAGCAUCGUGUUGCUGGCCCUACUCAAUCCGGCGUGAACAACCGCAAACCAAGUCAACCCUCUAAGGCUCAUCAUCAAUCACUUCGAAGCACUGAGGACCGUAAGCCUUCGGGAAAGCUUGCCAACAAGAAGUUCGAAAAGCGUGAGAACGGCCGAACGGCUACGAACGAUGUCAACGCGGUGACGACACCGGCGAAAACACCCAGUGGGCCUAACUCCAAGCGGUCAAGCGUUCACAUCUCCAAAGACCAAAAGCCAUCGACUCCUCCACCAACAAAGUCGGCUCCGAUGUCCGCCAAGGAGGCUACUACGGAGAAGCGCAAGUCUGGUGUCACCAAGCCAGCUGGUACGCCAAGUGCCAGUGCCAACCGCUUCGACCUGCUCGCUGCCAUGAGUUCGCCAUCUAAGAACUGAGUUCUCAUGGCCGGGAUGGAGAAGUGCGAAAAUUGAAGAGGAAGAGCACAGGCCGACGCCGAACAAGUACUUCGCGAUACGUUCGACGUCGCGCCACAGAAACUAUGACAAAAUACACAAACUGGAGGGAAACGAAGUCUGCUAGAUGCUGCUCCUCGAAGCUUGCUAAGCGAAAGGAGAGUGAGCAGACUUGGUGCGUAUAUGGCUCGCUUUUUCAUGGCGAAGCUGUAUUGUACUUUAGUAGCAUUACGUACGUUUUUGAAGCGAAGCAUGCAUGAACAGAAACCAGAAUAUCCUUCUUUCAGCAUUCCUCCAUGUCCUGCACAGCAUUCUGGCACUGCUACGUCCGUUGAGCGUCAGCUGUGCAGAAACGCCGUACGCCAAGCAUUCUGCUAUUUUUUGGCUUUGCUGACGAUGGAUGCAGGAACAGGAACGAGGAAGGAGUUUAACUACUGCUCUGCAUGUCCGUUUCGUUUUCUGCUUACUACCACCAAG